AUGUUUCCAGAGAUCUGUUCAAACGCAAUAAGCAAAAUUAAACUAGGGUCUGCAAAAAAAGGGCGGCGGACAAGGUGCGAGCCCCACUCUGGCCUUCUCCUCUACGGUAACCACAUACAGCCGCAGCCAGCCUGCGCCUCCCUUCGAAGCUGCCUCACUUCACCAAAGUCACUAGGGCCUGACAAGCCAGCCCGGAGCGCCGGGCCGAGGGCGAAGGCGGAACCACCGCACAAACGGGACCCGAUCAACCACGCGGGCCGGCCCCGCGCACCGCCCGCACGGAGCCCGAGCAGGGUGCGCACCGCGAGCACGGCCACGCGGCUCCCCGCUUCUCCCCAAGGCCGAGCCUCCGAGUGCGCCUUUCCCGCUCCCACAAGCGGGCACCACCGCCGGCGAAGAACAAAAGCGCUCACGCGAGCCACCUUCCCACCGCCCGACUCCUCCACCCAGCACCCCCGCCGGCACCCCGGAGCCCGCCCCCGACGCCGCGCCCCGCCGCGGCAGCCUCGCCCGCCGCGGCCACCGGGAGCCCAUUGCAAACACGUGCUCUGCCGCCUUCAAAUGUCCUACAACUUCCUUCCAGCGCGCGACCCGCCGAGCGCCCGGCCGCAACGCCCGUCACCGGCUCCCCCGCACACCAGCCCGAAGCCGCGCGGGCUACAGCCCCCCUGCCAAGCAGCGGCGGCCGCGGCACCACCACAGAAGCCGCCGCGGCGCCCGGCCACCCGCUCUCCCCCACCCUCCCCCCCCAACCACCACCACCCCCAGCGCCGCCGUCUCCGCCGUGACACAUGGCUGUCCCCGCCCCGGGCGCCGGCGACCCCCGGCCGCCCCGUCGGGCUCGGGCGAAGAGGUGCCAGCCCCCGCCCCGCGCCCGUCCGCGCGCCGACUGCGGCGCCGGGAGCCGCCGUUCCACACACACACCACACAGACACACACACCCACGGAACCCCCGAAUCCCGAACCGGGGCUGAGCAAGCCCGGGAGCAGGGGGACCGGCAGGAGGGGGCCGCGAGGGCGUUCCGAGAAUUGCCCAACGCCCGCCGGACGGCCAGCGCCACCCGGGUCCCCGGCGCGCGGCCGCGGGACGGGGGGCCCCCCGCGCCUCUCCGCCCACUCCCGCGCCGCGGCCACGGCCACGACAGCACCAACUCCGCCGCCGCCGCCCCGGAGCGGCGCAGACAAAGCCCGAACAGCGACAGCACAUGGAGGACAGGAGGAAGUGGCGGCGCGGGCCGCGGCCUACUCCCAGCCAGCCCCAGUCAACGUGCUGCUCACCCCCCUCGGAAUCCAUUUUCCAGAAAAGCCGGUUUCUCCCCCGCGCCACCCUCCCCCCCGCCACCCCCCGCGCACGCCACAAUGUCAAGGCGCUCCCCUCCCAGACCCGGGUCCCCACGGCCGUUACCUCCCCGUCGGGCUGCGGCAGAGGAAUCCUGUCCGAGGAGAUGGGGCUGCGGGGAACGCGUGCUCGCGGCUCCCUGUGUCCGGCGCGAGUGGAGCUGUUGUAAAAUGGCGGCCGAAGCUCACGCCGCUGGCAGCAAACCCGAUCCAGUUCCACUCGCCUCCGAGCGCGCUCCCGGUGCGCGCGCGCCCCCGCGUGACCCCCCUUCUCUCCCCUCCCUCGCGCGUCCGCUCCUCUCACUCACUCCCUCAAGCCCCGGCCCUCCUCCGGCUCCUCCUUCUCCUCCUACACCACCUCCACCGCCACCGCCACCAGCCUCCCCGGCCGCUUCUGGCGCUCUCGGCCUGGCCUCUUCCCCGUCCCCUUGCUCCUCGGCCACCGCCGCUCCCGCUGCAGUCCGCGGCCGCUCCCGCACGAGUGGUCCGCCUCUCCCCCGCCUGCCCCGCACGCCCGCUCGCUCUCCCCUUCGCUCGCUUCGUGGCUCGCUCCCUGGCGCUCCCUCCCCUCGCUCGCUCGCUCGCUCUCAGCCCCGUCCCCCCAGUCCCUGCCGAGUCGGCUUCUCUCUUUCUCUCUCCCGCGCUGACGUGACGACGUCGCCGACGCCGCGGGACGCGCGCCCGCGGGCUCCGCCCCCUUGCGCCGCCGACGCCGCCCAGGCCCCGCCCCCCGGCCAACCGCGAGACCCCGCCCUUCCGCUGGGGCGGCGGCGGCGGCGGCGGCGGCGGGGCCGAGAGUGA